CUUGAAAUCACAGCUAGGCAGCUGCAGGUUUGCCAUACAUGUGGCAUGAUGCCAAUGGAACAGCCUGAGUGAGCAACCACAGCCUACAGGCGCCUGCAGAGCUUCAACAUGUCGCUAGAACAUGUGGUGAAAGGCAAACUGAAGCUGAAAGGAAAGGAGCUCCCCUCGCAGGGGGGCAUCAAGAAGAAGAAGAAGAAGUCCAAGGACCAGCUUGCUUUGGUGCUGAAGGAAGUGGCUGAGGAGCGGGCAGGCAGCGGCGGAGAAAGAUUAGAGCACGAUGGAGAUGAAGCAGAGGCAGGGCAGGACGAGGAUCACAGAACCGCAGCGGAGAAGAACUUUCACAAGCUGCUAGGAAACACCAAGAGACGGGAGGCCAUGAGCCAAGGCAUGUAA